CCAAUGCGGACGCAAUUAUGUUCUAAUUCAGUUUCGCUUGUUAUUUGUUGGGAAUGCCUAAGCCGCAAACCCGUUUUGGGAAUGCCACAGGCAGGCCUCCCCCACAACAAUUCGGACUAUAAAACGUUCGAGCUAAUUGAGAAACAGCAUCAGUCGCUGACAAAUCAACCAAACAACACAAACAGUUCAACAUGAAGUUCCUCAUCUGCUUGGCUCUCACCUUCGCCGUUGCCCAGGCUGGCUUCCUGGCCUCCUCUCCGGUUGCCACAUACGCCGCUGCUCCAGCCUAUGCUGCCACCUAUGCCGCUGGACCCGCAAUUACCUAUGCUGCUGCAGCUCCGGCUUACUCCACCUACGCUGCUGCUGCUCCAGCCUACACCACCUAUGCUGCGGCUGCUCCAGCCUACACCUCUUCGGUGUACGGUGUCCGCUCGUAUGCCGCUCCUGUGACCACCUACGCAGCUGCUGCUCCUGCUUACACCACCUAUGCUGCGGCUGCACCUGCGUACACCGCCUAUGCUGCUCCGGCCAUUGUCAGCCCCUUCCUGAAGAAGAAGUAAACGCUCUCCUUUGCAUAAUUACUGAACCGAUUCAAACAACAUGACAACCAAAUAAAU